GUCCUUCCUUAAACCUUAACCAUAAAACCAAGUUUCGUAACGUAACUUGCUACCAGGCAAGUCUUGUUUUCAUUUUUAUAAUCUCUCUCUCUCUCUCUCUCUCUCUCUCUCUCUCUUUCUAGCGUUACCCCUAACCCUCUCUUGCCCUGAACGGAACCCCAAUUUCUGACCCUAUCGGAAAUUAGGGUUUUUGCGGUUCCUCCACCAACCUCCCAAUUGAUGCAUCGUUAGGGUUUGUUUUGUGGCGAUGUUGUCCCCAAAACCUUCGUUAGCGUCGGAAUUGGAAGAAAGGAUGGGGGAUUUCAAGCCGUUUUCUGAAGGGUCGUCGUGUUCGCGUUCGAUAAGCGAGACGGUAAAUGGGUCGCACAAGUUCACGAUAAAGGGUUAUUCUUUGGCGAAAGGGAUGGGUGCUGGGAAGUAUAUAAUGAGCGACACCUUCAGCGUUGGUGGUUAUGAUUGGGCCAUUUAUUUUUACCCUGAUGGUAAGAACCCUGAGGACAAUUCCAUGUAUGUUUCUGUCUUCAUAGCACUUGCAAGUGACGGAACCGAUGUUAGGGCUCUCUUCAAGUUGACGUUGAUUGAUCAGAGUGAUAAGGGCAAUGAUAAAGUCCAUAGCCAUUUCGAUCGCCCCCUUGAGAGUGGACCUUAUACCUUGAAGUACAGAGGCAGCAUGUGGGGUUACAAGCGUUUUUUCAGAAGAACACUAUUGGAAACUUCGGAGUAUCUGAAAGAUGAUUGCCUUGUCAUGCAUUGCACUGUUGGUGUUGUCAAAACUCGUUUUGAGGGAUCCAAACAGGGUGUUAUCAUGACGCAGUCAGACAUGGGCCAAGAUUUUAAAGACUUGUUGGAAUCUGAAGUUGGUUGUGACAUAGUUUUCAAGGUCAAGAGUGAAAGCUUCAAAGCUCAUAAGUUGAUUCUUGCCGCCCGAUCUCCAGUGUUUAGAGCGCAGUUUUUUGGGCUUGUUGGGGAUCCUUGCUUAGAGGAAGUAGUGGUAGAGGAUAUUGAGCCCUUUAUCUUCAAGGCAAUGCUUCUUUUCAUUUAUUCAGACAGACUUCCUGGCAUGUAUGAGGUUAUGGGCUCAAUACCCGUGUGCUCAUAUACUGUCAUGGUGCAGCAUCUCUUGGCUGCUGCUGAUCUCUAUAAUCUUGACCGGCUAAAACUGUUGUGUGAAUCAAAAUUAUGUGAAGAAAUCAAUACUGACACCGUGGCGACAACACUUGCCCUGGCUGAGCAACACCACUGUCCACAGCUUAAGGCGGUCUGUUUAAAAUUUAUUGCUAAUCCAACAAUCUUGGGAGCUGUAAUGCAGUCCGAAGCUUUUGUGCAUUUGAAAGAGAGCUGCCCCUCAAUGUUGUUGGAAUUGCUGGAGACAUUUGCAUCAGUUGAUGAUAACCCAAGCCAGCCUUUGAGCAGGAAGAGAAGUGGAAGUAGCAUAUAUGGUCAAGAUUUGGCAGAUGGGGCAGCUGCUGAAUCAGUUAAUCCAAAUGGCAGGCGUAUCAGGAGGCGAACAUAAAGAGUAGUUUUUUCAACCCUGAAAGUGUGAUAUAUAGAUAACCCUCUAGUUAUGGAGCUUCCUGUCAAUAUGGCUUGAUUCAUCAUUUUCAUUUUACCUGAUCCCAGAGCUUUUUAUAUAUGAAGUUUCUAGCCUUCCCUCCUUGUCUCAAGGGGUGGUUUCUAUGGACAGCAUUUUCAAUGGUAGUUUGACAUUAGAACAGUUCUAAUGUAGGGUAUUUCAUGUUUGAAGUCUUUAAUAAAAGGUAAAUAGCUGAUAUAUAUUUGUUUUUACAACUAUGACUUGGAAGAAAACAGUUUUUUUUUUUUUAAAGCGAUAUAGAUGAACCACUGGGUUGUCUCUGG